CCGCACCAUCCGGUCCAGUCUCCCGCCAUCCCACGUUCUAUCGUCCCCGGCCCCGUCUCCUUCCAUCGCCGCCAGCCGACCGGAGCAAGGUUGACGUGGCGAAGGCGAGGUGCGAGCUGGUGACGCCCUGGUCCCGCCCCGAUAUCUGCCGCUUGCAGGCCUGUGGCUUGGAAAGGGGCGCUGGCAUUCUCUUCUGGGGACUCGGUCGCACAGAAGGAGGACCAGCCAAUCGUAGCGAGCAUUGAUGUGGGGAGGUGUGAGCCGGUGACGCCCUGGUACUGCCCCGAGCGACCGUGCAGGGAUCUGCCGCCUGUAGACCCGUGGCUUGAAAAGGGCCAACACUGGUUUCAGAAUUCUUUAAUAUGAACGCAGAUGACGACAAGUCUGUUGGGUCUGCACUUACCCGUCAAGUUGAUGGCAUAAGUCAGAUUUUUGUAAAAGAUAUUGAUGGCCAAAAAAUGAACCACCCCUGUUCUUUGCACUACUACAAUGGAUUUAUCAAAUUGGGUAACAAAAUUGAGAAUUUGGAGUCAAUUGAUGUAACUGUAUUGGGCUUCAUAGAUACUGAAAUUGGAAAGAUUCAUUAUGACAAUCUCGCAAAUUUUGAUCAUCCUGGGAUAAUUGAAGCUUUCGCAUAUGGGGUUGGCAAAGGACAGCACUCAAAUAACUCCUUUCUGGCUGUCACAAAAUUUGAAACAACAUUUGAAGGAUACCUUCGGAGGGAUGGUCUAUUGGCGACUGAUCAGCAAAACCGAUUCACUGAGAGCUUCAUAAACUUGCUGAGGGAUGUCAUUGUAGCCAUGGAGGAGCUGCAUCGUCAAGGCUAUUAUUGCGCAAAGUUUCAUGGAAGUCAUUUUGCAAUCAUAAACGAAGGCGGUUCACAAAGGGCGAGAUUGUGGAGGUUUGGUAAAAUUAAAGGAGAUACUGAAGCAGCAAUAAGCGAGUCCAAAGCUAACGAUUGGGUAAGGUUGGGAUACAAGAUUGAGAAUGUAUCGCUAGCCCCAGAGUCUAAAGAUCUUUUUAAGAGAAUUAUCGACAGAAAACUGCAAGGGAGAAACAUCCUAAAGCAUUAUGCCUUGUUAACUGUCAGAGAAAAGUUUGAGAAUAUUUUAUCCUUGAACCAAUAUAUAGCACUCCACUUGAAGGAACCACAAAUGGAACGUGAACAUCUGAUAGUGUCUAAUCUGAGUCUACAAACAUUGGAGGAGAAUUUGGAUAAAAUACAUGUUUGGAACAUGCUUUCCUUUGUACAAUUAACACGCGUCAGAAAAACAUUAAGGGGCUUCAUAUACUCCUUGAGAACAAUCAUUGAACAUGAAGUUCAGUUCCUUACACCCGAGUUGCUGGCAGAAGGAAUAUUCAAGGAUCUUGAACACUAUUUUCAACACGAAUGGAAAUUAUUAUACCAGAAAGUGCAAGAGAUUGCAAUGGAAUUGAAUUUGAAAUAUUGAACGUGAAUGAUUGCGUUAAGUUUCUUGCUCAACGAGGAGCUCCAGGAAUCGUUCAUCCAGACACUCACUGCCCUGGUUGCGGCUACAUCUGCCAAGUCCAAGAACAAGGCUGCAAGGGAUCAGGUUGCCACUGCCUGAUGUUCUGUGCUGCUGUGUCUUGGUGUUCUUAGAUUGUUCCCAUGAUAGCACAACCCUCUGUUUGCUGGGAGUGUGGUGGUCACCGAUGUUCUGAGCCGGGUUGUAGAACCUGCUGUUUUAUCUGCUAUGUCUAGUGUCGUGGUUGCUUUGUGGGAUGUCUUCCGUGGGAGUGAUUUCUGUUGUUGGUCACACUGGAAAGAGUGUGUGUGUUUGUCCCAA